AUGUCGGGGCCACGUCGGGGAGUGGGCAGCAGGAUUCAGAGAGUUGAGGGGUGUGGUGACGACCUGGGGAAGCGGACACUGACCACCCCCGGGGAGAACGCGGUGCUGGUUGGUUCCCGGAGACCUGGGCUGGGUACAGCCCGGUCCUGGCAGUGGAAAGAGGAGGAGGGAGCGCCGCGUCGCAUUCCACCCCGCCGCCUUGUCCCCAGGUACCUGGCCAAGCUGUCGUCGGUGGGGAGCAUCUCGGAGGAGGAGACAUGCGAGAAGCUCAAGGGCCUGAUCCAGAGGCAGGUGCAGAUGUGCAAGCGGAACCUGGAGGUGAUGGACUCGGUGCGCCGCGGCGCUCAGCUGGCCAUCGAGGAGUGCCAGUACCAGUUCCGGAACCGGCGCUGGAACUGCUCCACGCUCGACUCCCUGCCUGUCUUCGGCAAGGUGGUGACACAAGGGACUCGGGAGGCCGCCUUCGUGUACGCCAUCUCUUCGGCAGGUGUGGCCUUCGCGGUGACGCGGGCGUGCAGCAGCGGGGAGCUGGAGAAGUGUGGCUGCGACCGGACGGUGCAUGGGGUCAGCCCGCAGGGCUUCCAGUGGUCAGGAUGCUCGGACAACAUUGCCUACGGCGUGGCCUUCUCCCAGUCCUUCGUGGAUGUGCGGGAGAGAAGCAAGGGGGCCUCAUCCAGCCGCGCCCUCAUGAACCUCCACAACAACGAGGCCGGCAGGAAGGCUAUCCUGACACACAUGCGGGUGGAGUGCAAGUGCCACGGGGUGUCGGGCUCCUGUGAGGUAAAGACGUGCUGGCGAGCCGUGCCGCCCUUCCGCCAGGUGGGCCAUGCCUUGAAGGAGAAGUUUGACGGCGCCACGGAGGUGGAGCCGCGCCGCGUGGGCUCCUCCAGGGCGCUGGUGCCUCGCAACGCACAGUUCAAGCCGCACACGGACGAGGACCUGGUGUAUCUGGAGCCCAGCCCGGACUUCUGCGAGCAGGACAUGCGCAGCGGCGUGCUGGGCACGCGGGGCCGCACGUGCAACAAGACAUCCAAGGCCAUCGAUGGCUGUGAGCUGCUAUGCUGCGGCCGCGGCUUCCACACAGCGCUGGUGGAGCUGGCCGAGCGCUGCAGCUGCAAGUUCCACUGGUGCUGCUUCGUCAAGUGCCGCCAGUGCCAUCGGCUGGUGGAGCUGCACACGUGCCGGUGACCGCGGCGGCCCGCGCGCCUUGCGGCCCGGGGAAGGCCGGUAAUUUAACAGUCCCCCCGCACCUACCCCAAAAGAUACUGGUUGUAUUUUUUGUUUUGGUUUGGUUUUUGGGUCCUCACGUUAUUUAUUGCU